AUGGAAAAACUGUUGUACAAUUGGAUUCAAGAUCAAACUCAGCGACGGGUUCCUCUAAGUUUGGCUAUUAUACAAAAUAAGGCGCUGAGUAUCAUCAACACACUGCAAAAUAAACGUGGCGAGAAUAAUAGUGACGAAACAAAAUGUUUUUCUGCCAGUCGCGGAUGGUUCAUGCGCUUUAAAGCGAGAUAUUCGUUACAUAACAUUCGAGUGCAAGGAGAAGCUGCUAGUGCCGAUCAUGUGGCUGCUCAGAGUUUUCCUGGAAUAUUAAAGGAAAUUAUCGAAAGUGGAGACUAUUCGCCUAAACAAAUUUUUAACGUGGACGAAACUGGUUUGUUUUGGAAAAAAAUGCCCUCUCGUACUUUUAUAUCACAGGAAGAAAAGUCUAUGCCUGGAUUUAAAGCGGCUAAAGAUCGUUUGACGUUGUUAUUGGGUUCGAAUGUUGAAGGUGAUCUUAAAUUGAAACCCCUUUUAGUUUAUAGGUUUGAAAAUCCUCGAGCUCUCAAAAAUUACGUCAAGAGUACUCUUCCAGUUAUAUGGAAGGCUAAUCCAAAGGCAUGGGUUACAUCAAUACUUUUUGAAGAAUGGUUUACUAAGCAUUUUAUACCUGAAGUGAAACAGUACUGUUCAAAAAAUAAUUUGGCUUAUAAAGCUUUACUUAUUUUGGACAAUGCUCCCGGCCAUCCUGUGCGUAUUGCCGAUAUUGAUCCUCAAAUCAAAGUCGUGUUCCUGCCUCCCAACACCACUUCGUUGUUACAGCCGAUGGAUCAAGGAGUUAUCGCGUCUUUUAAGGCCUAUUAUCUCAGGAGAACUUUUUCACAGGCUGUAAAGGCUAAUGAAAAUGAUGGCAUGGAGCUGAGAGAUUUUUGGAAAAGUUAUAAUAUCUUGCAAUGCCCAUCUGAAAGUUCUACAUCUACAGAUCAACCAAAUAUCGAUGAGAUCACAACUGACAUUGUUCAUUUGGCUAACCGUUUGCCUGACAUUGCAGUUACUACUGAUGAUAUUGAUGAUCUGUUAAGCUCACAUUCGCAAGAACUGACUGAUGAAGAUCUUAUUGAAUUGGAGGCACAAAGUGAGGAAAGAAUAAGUAUGUGGGCACAUUGUUACAGGAUAAAUGCUGGAAUAAACACUAAUAUGGCACUGGAAAGUUUAAAUAAUCUCCUGAAUACAAAUCAGAUAAAAAGAAGAUCGAAUAUAACUAUUGAGAAUUUAUUGGAUAAAAUUGACAAAUUAGUGGAUGAAAAAAUGUGGCAGCGAAUAUUGAAUAUGGAAAGACCCAAUGCAAACACAUAUCAGAACAAAGUGGUAAAGUCAUCUUCAGAAAAUUUGAAUUAUAAUGUUACAUAUAAUGAACUAGGUCAAAGAGAAUGCAAAAUGUUAUACUGUAGUGCAUGCCAAAUUUGUAUUCAUAGGUAUAAAUGUGAAUGUCAGCAGUAUGCAGUAAAAACUAACAUAUGUAAGCAUGUGCAUUUGAUAUGUACAGGGUUUGUCCUAGGCACAUGA